AUGCCUUAUAUUCUCGUCACGCUAUGCUGCACCUUUGCAGCCCUGGGCUCAUUCUUAUUCGGCUAUGAUUCCGGGGUCAUCUCGUCGAGUAUCGAACAAGAUGCCUUUUUGGACUAUUUCGGCUCCCCGGGUUUAUCAGAUGCUGCUAGUGGAGGAAUUAUUUCUUCAUAUACAGGAGGUGCAAUCGUCGGAUCCCUUCUAGCACCAUACAUCUCCGAUUUCUAUGGACGUCGAAUGGUAAUUUUCAUCGGCGGAUUGCUAGCCACGCUGGGUGCCGCGCUACAGGGUGGUUCAGUCACCGUCGCGAUGCUCAUCGCUGGUCGAUUCAUCGCGGGCUGGGCUAUUGGACUCAUGUCGGCUACGAUUCCUGUCUACUGCAGCGAGGUUGCACCGCCGCGCAUUCGUGGGUUACUUGCCAGUAUGCAGCAGUGGAUGAUUGGACUGGGAAUCAUGGUGGCUCAAUGGGUUGGCUACGGAUGCUCCCUACACAGCGGCAACUUUUCCUGGCGAUUUCCACUCUCCUUCCAAACAGCCCCGGCCGUGAUCCUCAUCUGCGGUAUCUGGUUUCUCCCCGAGUCCCCACGCUGGCUAAUCGAGCACGGCAAAGAAGAAGUCGGUCGAGCAGUCCUCGCCCGUCUCCAUCUGAACAGCAACGCAUCCAACCAGGAGCUGGUCGAGCAUGAAAUCAAUCAAAUCCAUCAAAGCGUCACCAACGAAAAACAACUUGUCGUCCGCUCAUGGCGCCAACUCUUCUUCUCCCGCCAAUGGCGCUAUCGCAUCCUCCUUGCAUGCGGUCUUCAAGUCAUGACCCAAUGCUCCGGCACAAAUCUUAUCCAAAACUACGGACCGCGACUAUACAAGACACUCGGCCUCUCCACGUCUACUUCACUCAUGAUUAUCGGUGUUUGGGGUGCACUGGCACAAUUCUGGAAUACCAUCUUCAUGACCUUCAUCGAUAAAGUCGGUCGACGCAAGUUACUCAUUCCAUCCCUACUAGGCAUGGGCGCGGUAAUGUGUGUCGAAGCUACGCUGGCACGAUACGUCGAUUUCAGCGAUACCAACGCCAACCCGAAUGCGCUGCGCGCAGCUAUCUCCAUGUUCUUCGUUUUCUCAUUAUUUUUCACAGCCCUGGGUAUGAUCUCCUGGAUAUACCAGUCUGAGAUUUUCCCGACGGCUAUUCGUGCUCGGGGGUCGUCGGUGGCGACUGCUACGAAUUGGAGUUUGAGUUUAGUUUUUGCGCAGUGUUCGCCUAUUGCAUUGACGAGGAUUGGGUCGGAUUAUUUUUAUUGCUUUGUUGCGUUUAAUUGGGUUGCUGUUUUUGUGGUUUGGUUGUGGUAUCCUGAGACUGUUGGCAGGUCUCUCGAGGAGGUUGAGGAGGUUUUUGGUGGUCGGUCUGGUGAUGAUGAGCCUGAUGUUACUCUUGGGGUUGAGGCGAGUCCAAAGACUGAGUGGAAGCCGCCGCGAUCACAUCUCCGGCAUAAGGGUAUUCACCCUUUGUCGAUGCAUCCAAUAACCUGCGGGAGUUGGAGUAGCAAGGGUGGUUCGUCGCCCAGGUUGUGGAGUAAACAGAUGGAGAAUGUAUAG